AAACAGCGGUACCUAGAUGAAGCCGAAAGGGACAAAAUGCAAUAUGCACGAGAACUCAGGGAGUAUCAGAAAAGUGAAGCUUAUCAGAUCACAUGUGCAAAAGUUCAGGACAAGAGAAUUAAGAGAGAGGAGUUGACUUCUGUCAUUAUCAAUGCCAACAGUUCAGGAUCUACAGGUUUUAAGAACUCAGACUUAACGACCAGAUUUGACGUCCCUAUUUUCACAGAAGAAUUUUUGGACCAAAACAAAGCACGAGAAGCGGAGCUGCGGCGACUGCGCAAGGCUAAUGUAGAGUUCGAAGAGCAGAAUGCGGUUCUCCAGAAGCACAUUGCAGACAUGUUCAGCGCUAAAGAGCGGCUGGAGGCUGAGCUGGGCCAGGAUGAGCUGCGCACGCAAGCUCUACAGCGCCACCUUCAGGCGAUCAAACAGACACUGCUCAACAGCCUGGCCACUGUGCCUUUGCCAGGCACAGGCGAGACACCAUCGAUUGGAACGCUGGACUCGUACCUGAGUCGCUUGAGUAGUGCUUUAGAGAGCAGGCCUCAUGAGCAUCGCGCCUUAGUCCUCAAGCUACAAGAGCUCUUGGCUCACCUAGACAGGUAA